AGACCGGAGACCGAAGACACGCAUCCAGCGUGGUGAUAAAUGCUGAAGCAGUUUAUUCCAAAACUUUUAAAUUGACAUGGAAAAACUUCGGUAUUUAUGUCUUUCUGGGAUAUUGAAAUUACUCUGUAAUUUGACAUGUAACGAUGGCUUAUAAGGUGAACCGGUGAACAGGUGCGCAAGCCUUCGAAUGUGUCUACGCGGCGUUUACAGACGGAAGAGUGCCGUUAGGGCAUAGACAAAAUAACAUGGAAGAACUUUGGAUCCGUGUGAUAACUAAAAUGCAGCGUCAGUUUUCGCUCAGGACGGCGACAUACUUUUAACAAAUAAGUAGCAACUACCUUUGGCUUCUGAAUGCGAGCGUGUAAUUCACGGCAGGAAUAAGAUAUCUAUUUGACUCCCCAAAGCCACAUAAAAACCGAGUCGCAAAUAUUCCGCAAAACGAUAACGACAUAAAAAAUGACAACGGAAGAAAAGUUUACCUGGCAGCAUGGACGAGGGCAAACGCAGAUGCCAGACUUGGAAAGCUGAAUCUGAAAUGAUUAUGGAGCGCAUUGUGAUUCACUUGUUUUCGUUGAGGACAACUCUUCUGUUUAUCAUCCUGUGUGAGUCAACAUCCUGUUAUGAGAAGACUCAUUCGCAUGCUGAGGAUGAACUCUUCAAAAAGCUUUUCAUUGGCUACAACAAGUGGUCCCGGCCAGUGCCAAACACCUCAGACGUGGUCAUUGUUAAGUUCGGCUUGUCCAUAGCCCAGCUCAUUGAUGUGGAUGAGAAAAACCAGAUGAUGACAACCAACGUGUGGUUGAAGCAGGAAUGGAAUGAUUACAAGUUGCGCUGGAAGCCAUCUGAUUAUGACAACGUGACUUCCAUCAGGGUGCCAUCAGAACUUAUUUGGGUUCCAGACAUUGUGCUGUACAACAAUGCAGAUGGGGAGUUUGCUGUGACACAUAUGACCAAAGCUCACCUCUUUUACACGGGCAAAGUGCGCUGGGUUCCUCCAGCCAUCUACAAGAGCUCCUGCAGCAUCGAUGUCACAUUCUUCCCCUUCGACCAGCAGAACUGCAAGAUGAAGUUUGGCUCUUGGACAUAUGACAAAGCCAAGAUCGACCUGGAGCGCCUGGAGACCACAGUGGACCUCAAGGACUACUGGGAGAGCGGUGAGUGGGCGAUCGUCAACGCUGUGGGCACCUACAACACCAAGAAGUAUGACUGCUGCCACGAGAUCUACCCUGAUAUCACCUACUUCUUCAUCAUCCACCGUCUACCGCUCUUCUACACCAUCAACCUGAUCAUCCCGUGCCUGCUCAUCUCUUGCCUGACUGUACUGGUCUUCUACCUGCCAUCAGACUGUGGCGAGAAGAUCACGCUCUGCAUCUCCGUCCUGCUCUCGCUCACUGUCUUCCUGCUGCUCAUCACCGAAAUCAUCCCGUCCACAUCGCUGGUCAUACCGCUGAUCGGCGAGUACCUGCUCUUCACCAUGAUCUUCGUCACGCUCUCCAUCAUCAUCACAGUGUUCGUGCUGAACGUGCACCACCGCUCACCCGGCACACAUGAGAUGCCGCGCUGGGUACAUGCCGUCUUCCUCGACCUCAUCCCCCGCUGGCUCUUCAUGCGUAGGCCAGUGCCUGACGGUCGGAGACGUCAGCGUCUUCUGCUCCUCCGCCAACAGCAGCAGCAGGAGCAGCGAGGUAAGGGCCCAUGGGGGACCGGAAAGCCCAGAACACCCAGGAUGCCAAGGAUGCACGCUGGCCCCUGCCUCAGCACUUCAGCCAGCUGGAUCAGGGGUGAGGUGCAAGGGGAGGAGGCGCGUCUCUGCCACUACUACGAGGACCUGGAGCUGUUCCCGCUCUCUUCAGCUUUCUCCCUCUCCUUCCGCCCUCCUUCUCCUCGGCCACCUGGCUCCACCCCACCUCCAGUGCAGGGUAUGUCCCCAGGGCCUGUUCCCAGACAGCUGGGGGGCAGAGUGAACCAUACCAAGCGGGCCGCUCUAGAUGACAGCCCGCAGUCAGAUGACCAGAGAUUCCCUCUGUCUCCCAGCAUCAUGCGGGCGCUGGAGGGAGUUCACUACAUUGCAGACCACUUGAGGGCAGAGGAUGCAGAUUUCAGUGUUAAAGAAGACUGGAAGUAUGUUGCCAUGGUGAUUGACCGAAUCUUCCUGUGGAUGUUCAUCAUUGUGUGUCUUCUGGGCACCAUCGGCCUGUUCCUCCCCCCGUGGCUGGCAGGCAUGAUCUAGAGGCGGGCUGUGCAUGCACUCGUAGACAUGUACAGGCCCUAGGGGAACACGUGUCAGCACAGGCAGUACGGGAAUGUGCCAUGUGAAUGAGUAAUAUGGAAGCAUCACUUCCCACAGAAGAACAAAGACCUGCGACAAGCCAGCGGACAACAGGCUGAGAGCAAACUUAUUGCUGAAUGUAAAAUUCUGCAAUGGCUACUGUUGAAUAAAAUGUGGAACCUUAAAAAAGAUAUCUGGAGGAGCUCAAACAGUGAUGUCUCUCUCUCCCUUUCUCUAUCACACACACACACACACACACACACACACACACACAUACUUUCCAUCUCUCUCUCUCAUGGAUCAGUGGAUCAGCUUCUGAGGCACUGAGAUAGAAGAUGGGCUGUGUACAAGCUGGCAUAGCCUCAGACAGCAGUUGCUAAGCAAUGGUAUAGGCUGGUCCCUUUACUGUAAUCCUGCACCAGCUUGUCUCUAAAGGCCAAAUCAGUAAAACUAUUAUGUAUGAAGUAUCAUAAUUAUAAGGAACAGAAAAUUCGAUACUGAAGCAUGAUAGCAUCAAAAUCUACGUGCUCUAAAAUUUAACAUUACUUAGCAUUUAGCCAUUUAACUUUAUUAAGCGAUGCUGUUUACCAAAUUUUCAUGUGGGUAAAGAUGAUAAACAGAUUUAUUCACAAAACACGAGAAUUACUUAUAUAUUGCAAUUAUGUGAUUAUGACAAAGAGAGAGAGAGAGAGAGAGAGAGAGAGAGAGAGAGAAUUAGAGUCUCUAGAGGUUCAAUGUUUCUUAACCUUAGAGGUUUAAGAUACAACAUUUCUUAAAUUACACCCAUUGGUAAUUUUGUUUUGCAGCAAAGUUAAUCUCACUGUGAAUGCCAGCAUGUCUCUCUGAAAAUGAGUCUCUCUGAGCCAGAAUUCUCUCUUGCCGCACUGUUCCUUCAAUUUGACCUUGGCUGUCAUAGUUACUGUUUAAACUGAGCUUGGCUGCUGCUGACCAAUCAUAAGUAGCCACAUGCUAAAAAUAUGUCCAAAUAUACAACAGCAAUUGUAGCAGGGAUUACCGCUGCAGGAAUCCUCAUAGAUCACACUGGGCAAUCUUCUCCAGGGGUAGUCCAAUAGAUUAUGGACCAGUUUUAAAAUAUCUGAAUAUGAGUAUGCAUAAGGGCACGCACGCACACAACACACACACACACACACACAGACAUGCAUGCACUCACUAGAAAAAAUGCAUGAACUAGAUGAAUGAAAACUAAUUUCAGUAAAACAGGUAGAGAUGUCCUUUCAAAGAAUCAAUACUUGUGGGAGCAGAAAGGUAUCUGCAGAUGCAGCUAAAACCGGUUGUGCUAGUGUGAGCCAGUUACAGAGCCUGAAGGAACCACUGCAGUUUGGCAGAAGUUGAUAAAUUAAUGCUUAUAGAGUACAUUUAUGUGCAGGAACCCACAUGUUAAACCUUUGUCAUAUUAAAAAUAAUCCUUUUCCCUUCUGUUCA